UGUCUAUGUUCGUGUCUUUUCUCCUGUUUCUUUUGAAUAAAUUUCUGAACUUUUUCAGGAAGGACUUGUGAAGAUCCGCACGCAAAAUGAAAAAUUACCCAGCAGUGAGGCCCUCAGAUAGGAUAAGAGAAAAACCACUUCUUUGGCAGAAGUGAUGAAACAGUACGAGGACCAGAGAGGCACGAACCGGCAGUACGUAGACGAAGAACCCCAGCGAGACGACAAUUAGACCGUAUUAAAGACCAAAAAAAUGGCUGCCAUCGAGUUUCGGCGCGCGAACUGGAUCCCGGAGACCGCGGUGGACGCGCCGGCGACCGGGCCGCUGAAGCUCGAAGUGACGUUCGAGGUCAUGGAGGCGCUUCCCAAAACGCUGGAGUUGCAGUUGAAAUUUAUCCCGCCCUGGGAGGUCCAGGAGGACAUUUUCGAUGCCGAGUCCUGCAGCGAGAACGGCACGCAGGACGAUUCGGGAGAGGACGAGGACGACAUGGAUUCUGAAGAUUACGACGAAAACUUCGACGACAACAAGUCCUCCGCGAGCAAAAACAGCAAAAGGUCGAAAAGCUCCAAAUCCUCAAACACCUCGAAAAAAACCACGGCGAUGAAAAAACAAGAUACAACGACGACAGCAGCUUCCAGUACGACUUCCAUGAAGAAAAUGCAGUCAAAAGCCGCGAGUUUUACUGCCACUACUACAGAGCACCAGCAGUCCACCUCGACUUGUAAAGAGCCGAGUUCAACAACAUCUACCGCGAAUAUUAAAGCGUCGAUGAAGAAGUCCAAAUCGGAGAGUAAAAAGACGAGUAAAAACCCUUUCUCCAAAACGGAGAAGACCAUCGCGGAUCUGCUCGCCUCCGCCUGCUUGCAGAAGCAGGAGCAGUUACUCGAUGAGGUCGAGUGCGGUCCGUUCCCGAAGUGCGGAAAGCGGAAGAUUGUGAUGGAGGGCAUUGCGCCGGACAUGACGCUGGUGCCGGAAACCGCGAAACUGGACAACGGCGCGCUCGUGAUGAUCGCACUGUACAACAAAAAGCAGUUUUACCGGUGCGGCUGGUACUUGACGCAUUUGUUCAAGGAUGAUGAGCUCCAACUGGCCUGGGACGAGGAGAUGAAGCGACCGGCCACCAUCUAUCGCAAGGAAAAAUCCCCCCUCCCCAUAUUGAUGAAGAGGUAGGUUUUCGAAAAUUUGUGUUGCUGAUUUGAGGUCACAAGUCACGUUUGUGUUGCAAGAAGACAAGGGCAGCAGCUUCCGUCCCAUUAUGGAGCCGGUUUGUCUGUCAUGCUGUUGAGCCAACAUCACGGACCCUUUUCAUGCUAAGCGCCUAAGUCAAAGCCUCUCUACUCAGGCUUGACAUGGGUCUGCAGUCCUCUCCAGCAAGACAAAUGCGAUCUGUGUACUCAAAUACUGCGUCACAGGUUUCGUUUUCGAUAUGGGGAGGGGCGAUUUUUCUUUUUGAUGCCAUCGAUUUCGAGACGGACAUGCUGCGCCGGGUGGACUUUGAGCACCCGAUCGAGAAUCGGGAUUGCAUUGAGUGGUUCGAUGGCCAGUUCGCGGAGGAGGACAUAUCAAAUGCAAAUAUGUCUGGGUCUCGAAGGAUGUGAAGUAGAAGUUGUGAUGCGCAUUUCACAACGCACACAAAUCUCUCAUGCAUAGGCAGCAAAAGAUGCCCACUUCUUGUCACCAUAGUGGGGGAUUUGUCAUGCGGAUUAGGCAUUGCAGAACCUUCUCGAAAUCUGUGAUGCUAGGGCUUCCAUGCCAGACCUUCUGUGUUAUGCAAAAACAGCUUGACAUCUUCCAGACCCAGACAUAUUUGCAAUGCAUAGGACAAGGGGUUGGACAAUUCUGGUUCCGAAGAGGACGACGACGAAAAUCUGUCCCCGGGAAUUUUCGGCGUCGGCGGCGAUUUCAUCGGCGGCGGCGGGGCUCCCGAGCACGUCGCUUCGCCGAAAUUGAAGAAGAUGAAAAAAUCCGUCGAAGCGGCAGAGGCGGGGAGGUUGACCGGCGGGGCCAGUGCCUCCUCGAAGCUAGGGAAACCGGCCUUCGACAUCGAGUAGAGGAUAAGAAAGCUGCUGCAGAGUAGUUCUGGCGGGGUCUUUCUUCUGGAAAAGGUGUUGUGAUUCAGAUACAGAUUGUUCGCGUGCUCGGCGCAGUGACCACGUUGAGAAAUGGCUUUUUCUGGCACAAGAACUGACGAGCGCCCUGUGUUGCGACACGACGGAGGGAUCUUUUCGUGAUCCACAACUUCUUGACGAUGAAGAUGUAGUAAGGCCUAAAAAGCCUUUUAUUUCUUGUCCUCCCAAAAAUGAUUAUGAUGUCUGUUUUGAAGUUGUGCGAGUUCAUAUCAUAGUAAAAACAAAUAAAUCUAAAUCAACCAU